ACUUUUGGAUUUUAGAUCCCACAAACAAGUAACAACACCCUCUUUCUAAAUUGUACACUUCCAAGAACCUUCCACUUUCAUUUUCUUUCAUUCUUUUUUUUCCUCUUCUUAUUAAAUUUAUCAUUCUGUCAUGGUUUUCUGAUUUUGGUUGAAGAACGAAGCUUUCUUUCUAGAGAAAAAGAAAAUCAACUUUCUGCUUCCAAACCAAUCACUACUAUCGAUUAAUUGGUAGGUUCAUAAAGAGGAUAACUUUCAGAGAUUGAGCAUCUGAUUUGUACAGCUAAGAAAUCAUUCAGGGGAGAAAUUGAUUUAGUACAAGAGAGAGUGGUAAAACAGUUAUUCAUCAGAUGGGAUCUUUCAAGGGUCAUGCUUUGCCGGGGACGUUGUUUUUUCUAGUUGGGGUAUGGCAUAUAUGGGCCACUAUAGUGAGAUACGUACGUAAUCCUAAGACGUUUCGAGUCCGGGCGUGGAAUCCUGUACCUGGAUUUGAUGGGAGGCUUAAGUACUUGGAGCUCUAUGUUGUUGCAAUUGGUUCUUUUAUUGACUUGUGUGUUGAGUUUUUGUAUUCAACUCACCUCAAGAUAUUUGUUGGCGGUGUCCUUAACCCUUCUCAUAUGAAUGAUUUUGAGCACUCGGGGAUGCUUCUUAUGUUCUUUAUCUAUGGUGUUGUUUCCCUACUUAGCGAAAAGACCAGAUUUCUUCCAUUGCAAGAAGGCGUUCUUUGUUUGAUAGCUUCCAUGGCAUUUUCCGCCGAAUAUCUUCUAUUCUACUUUCAUUCAACAUCACAUAAAGGUCUCGAAGGUUAUUACCAUACCCUCCUCGUCUUCCAAAUAGGACUAUGCGUUUUAUCUUCAAUUGCCGGUGCCCUUAUGCCAAACAACUUUCCGGUUGAUUUAUGUAACGGAAUCGCUAUAGCACUACAAGGAAUCUGGUUCUACCAAACUGCUUUUGUUCUUUACGGCCCUAUGAUACCGGAUGGUUGCAAGGUUAAGGAUAACAAUAUCUUAUGUAAUUCAGUUGACAGUGAGGUUCGCGGCGAAUUGCUUGCUAACUUUCAGCUCUUUGUCGCCGUCCUCGCGGUCCUUGUUGGAACCGUAGCAUCGUACGUAUAUGCAGCUUCAAGAUAUGGGAGUUCUGAAGUUAAUAACUUGCACACAAUUCAAGAUGGAUUAGAUCAAAACUGAAGUAGUGUAUGCUAUUGCUAUAUUAGUUUUACUCUCUUCUUUUUGUUUUGUAUGUUGGAACUUAGUUUCUGAUAGAACAUGUCUGUAUAUUGGAGUUAAAAGGUGAAAAAAAAACAUUAUACAUUUUUGUUGUGCAAUGAGUUUUAGCAAAUGGUGUAGAAGGAAUAGGAAAAUUAUUCUUUUAUGUGACAUAUACGUAAUGAAUUUGAACAA